AUGCUUUGUGUGUCUGAUUCUGAAAAAGUCUCCUGUGAAAAUGGCCUUGUUGAUAAAGUUAGUGAUGAUGGAGUCGUUUGUCCUAGUCCAGGUUGUGACUCCUCAGGCACUAUUUUCUCUGGUCUUGGUGUUGAGGUGCUUGGUUACAACGUGUUUCGGGAUGAUCAGCUUCUUCGCCUGGCCACUCCACCUUCGUCACUAUUCAAGUCUGCAUUCGACGAGAUAUCUCCACCUCUUGAUUUGCGCUCUAACUUUGCUCCUCCAAGUAGUUCAGACUAUCAGCAACCUAGUUGGGAGCAGGCCACACGCACUCGACCAGACAUCCCUUUUGCUCAAAUAUUGUCCCGCCGAGCUGAUCUAUCUUACUGA